AUGCCUCAAGGUUUAGGAGUUGUUCUGGAGGAGUGGAAAUGUCUGGAUAAGGAAUAUCAACAACUUCAGGAGACACACAGAAUGUACUUACAGAAGCUGGAUGAAAUUUCCAAACUACAAAACAACUGCUCUUCCUCCAUUUCCAGUCAGCGCAAAAGACUGAAGGAGGUGUCGCACCUAGUGGAAAAAUGCAGCAAAGGAGCAUCAGAAGAAGACGCUAAAACCUUGGAUGAAAUAAAUGAGAAGAUAAAGAUGCGACCAAAUGCUUUCUCUGAAAUGGAAGCUUUCCUUCCAAAAAAAAACGGGUUGUACCUCAGUCUGGUUCUUGGACAUGUGAAUGUCACUCUUCUCAGCAAGCAGUCAAAAUUUGCGUACAAAGAUGAAUAUGAGAAGUUCAAGCUGUACCACACAGUCCUCCUGAUGCUGUUCUCUUUCAUAUGCUAUUUCUUUGUGAGCUACAGAUUCCUUGAUGCAAUCCUCAAUUUCCUGCUGGUGUGGUACUAUUGUACAUUAACCAUCAGGGAAAGUAUCCUCAUCACCAACGGCUCCAGAAUCAAAGGCUGGUGGGUUUUUCAUCACUACGUCUCAGCUUUUUUGUCCGGUGUAAUGCUCACAUGGCCAGAUGGGAAUCCGUACAAGAUAUUCAGGAACCAGUUCCUUGCCUACUCCUUGUAUCAAAGUUUAGUUCAGUGUCUGCAGUGCUAUUAUCAAAGUGGAUGUCUGUACAGGCUUCGAGCCCUGGGAGAAAGACACAACAUGGAUCUGACCGUGGAGGGAUUUCAGUCGUGGAUGUGGAAAGGGCUGACGUUUCUGUUGCCCUUCCUGUUUUUUGGUCAUUUCUGGCAGCUCUUCAAUAGCCUCUCUCUCUUCCGAAUGGCUCAGCUCUCAGACUGUAAAGAAUGGCAGGUCUUGAUGUGUGCCCUCUGCUUCCUUAUUCUGUUCAUGGGAAACUUCUUCACCACUGUUGCUGUGGUCCGUCACAAGGUCAAGAGCAGGAAUCAGAAACCAAAGAGUAUGUGA